AACGAGUUUGACCCACCCAUCGAUCAAUCCGAUGCACAUAUAAGCCGUGACGCGUCGCAGCUCUAUUUCCGCAAGCGCAUCGGCAUGAACUCCGGCUGGAUAUCCGGAGAGGAUGUUCUCUCCUUGUCUUGCCGGUCGUUCGGUCCGUGAUUCGUCCGCAAUCAGUCCGUGGGCGUCAUCAGAGAUCAUUGAAGCAUCUUCCAUAUUCACUGCAGACCCAAAGCUGAAUUCUACAAGAUGUUACAACACAUAACCACAACUCAAGGCUAGGAAAGUUCGCUUCUUCUCCUGCCAAGCGAGCAAACGAGCACACCCUCCCCAGCCUCAUCUCGCAACUCGUUCGUCAAAAAUGUCCGGAUCCACCAAGCUAGAGUAUGCGAUCAUCGGCGGCGGGAUCAGUGGCAUGGUCCUGGCCCUGGCCCUACAUCAACGAGGCCUAUCCGUCACCGUCUACGAGUCAGCGGCCCAAUUCGGCGAGAUCGGCGCGGGUGUGGGAUUCACGGAGAACGUCGUGCAGGCGAUGCACGUAUGCCACGACGGCAUCCACGAGGUGUUCGAGGGGAUCUGCACCCACAACCAAUGGCCGUCGAAGGAGCACAUCUGGUUCGACGUCUACGACGCCUCCGGGGAGGACGCGGCUUCGGAACACAUCUUCGGCGUGCCCAGCAACUUCGGCUCCGCUGGCAUCCAUCGCGCCCGCUUCCUCGACGGGCUGAUCCAGAUGAUGCCCGAGGGAAUGGCACUGAAUAGCAAACGAUUUGAAAGCGCCGAGAAAGGCACCGAUGGACGCUGGAAGAUCAAAUUCGUUGAUGGCUCGACUGCAACGGCGGAUGCGGUCAUCGGCUGUGAUGGAAUCAAGUCUUCGGUUAGAAGGUGGAUGUACGGCGAGGACCAUCCUUGCACGGCUCCGACGUACACAUAUAAGUACGCCUACCGAGCGUUGAUCCCGAUGGAGGACGCCAUCGGUGCUAUUGGUGAGGAGAGGGCUAUGAACUGCACCAUGCUAAUGGGGCCCGGUGCCCACGUUCUGACCUUCCCAGUCGACCAUGGUCGUAUCUGCAAUAUGGUCGCCUUUGUCACUUCGAAAGACGACUGGCCCGACCACCACAAAUUGACAAGAUCAGCGCAUCAUUCUGAUGCACAACGAGACUUCCAAGGUUUCAGCCGUGACGUGCACAAGCUCCUGGCAUUGGUCAAGGAUGAUCUGGAUGUGUGGGCCAUCUUCCACCUCGGCGACAACCCAUUGCCGCAUUACAACAAGUCCAGCGUAGUCUUGGUCGGCGACGCCGCGCACGCGACUUCGCCGCAUCACGGAGCUGGCGCCGGCAUGUGUGUCGAGGACAGUGCCGUGCUGGCCGAGUUACUCGCCCUGCCCGAGGUCCGAGAUGCGCGAAGCAUCGAGAAGGCCUUCGCCGUAUAUAACGAAGUACGCCGCGAACGAGACAACUUCGUGGUGCAAAGCAGCGCUCACCAGGGCGAAGCCUAUGAGUUUCUUGCUCCAGGGAUCGGUAAAGACUUUGACAGGAUUAAGAAGGAGAUGAUGACGAGGAAUGCUCGAAUCACUGAUGUUGACAUCCGGAAGAUUUGUGACGAUGCAAGAGAUGCGCUGCGGGCAAAGUUGGGGGAGGCAUGAGCGUGAGUAGUUGUGCUUGUGGACGAAAUUCACGCGGAUCCGAAUUCGAAUUUCGACGAGGUGUAGAUAACGGACCACGAUGAUGAAGGCAUUAUUGGAAUCGAUGACACUCAUCAGAGUUGAAACAACACAGUGAUACAAGCGAAGAAUGUAAUCUUUGUAGAACAAUAAACCAUACAGAACCGAAUCGGACCGCUCUUGCCCUUCCUUCCCCAUAAACAAAACAAUACCCGGCCCCUGAAUCACCAGUGGACACCCAUAUGUGCAAAUGUCCUACUCAUUCCCCAUGAGAAAAGCAAAAGUGGAGACAAAAAGACCCUAUUUCCAGCCCGAGUCCAAGAAGAACCAGUCCACCAU